GCCCCCUCCCGCCUGUGUGUCGGCAGCCGCGCCCCGCCUGCCAGUCGGUCAGGGAAGCAGGCCGACAGAAUCCGGGAGCCCGUGAGCCGCUCCUCCCUCCGCGCUCCGAGGCCCCGCCGAUCCCGCCGAAGCGAUUCCUCUCCCGACGCCGGGGCCAGCCGCCGAAAUGUCGACAAGUGGGCCUCCUGCUUCUAGUGCUGCCUCGAGCAGUAAUCGCCGACUUCAGCAGGCACAAAAUCAAGUAGAUGAGGUGGUGGACAUUAUGCGAGUCAAUGUGGACAAAGUUCUGGAGCGAGAUCAGAAACUUUCCGAGUUAGAUGACCGCGCUGAUGCACUGCAGGCAGGGGCUUCCCAGUUUGAGACGAGUGCGGCCAAAUUGAAGAGGAAGUACUGGUGGAAGAACUGCAAGAUGUGGGCGAUACUGAUUACUGUUGUGAUUGUCAUCAUCAUCAUCAUCAUUGUGUGGAGUGUUUCUUCAUGAACAGCCAGUGAAGUUCAGGCCUGUGCUUUGAGAAACGUCAUCAAGUCUUUUGACUUAAGCCUGCUGUAUUAUCAAAUUUAUGUACUGUUAUAUAUAAAACAAAAUUAUUUUUGUUGGUUAAUGUAAAGUUCGAUUUAUAGGAAAUUGCCUUUUUAAUAUAUAUAUAUAUAUAUAAUACAUAUAUAUGCAUAUAUACAUAUACAUAUUAUACUCCUAAUUAGAAAUGUCAGUAGCCCAGCUCACAUUUUGUACAGUGCCUUGAUAAACUUCCACAUAGGCUGAUGAAGAGUAGUUCUUAAGUUCCAGAGUUUCAUGACUUAACAACUAAUGUUGCCAUCGACUUUCUAGAAACAAGGUUUAAAAAAUGUGUUCAAGCCUGCUUUCCUCUUCACAUGAAUUUCAUAUUUUCUAAUCCACAUUUUAAACCAGUGAAUAAUCAAAUAUACAAUGUGUGCCUUCCUGAAAGAAAACUCAACUACUGCUUAGCACAAAUCUGCACAUUGAACAGGCUGUGCCUUAUUUUGAUAUUUUUCCGAUGCCUUAUCAAAUAACCCACUCCCCUUUGUAAACACUACUGAAUGUUUUUCAUUGUAUUUCACAUCAGAUAGUGAUAAAAUGUGAUGGUGUAAUUCACCUUGUAAACAUUGGCAAGAGGACUUCUUCUGAGUCAUUGGAGAUGAUGUGUAAGAUGCUUGCUUUUCCUACCAUUGUGGCCUGUCACUUGAUGAGUAUAUAUCACUUUAACCAGAAAUAAUUUCUUUAAAUACAUGACUUAUAGAGUACUGUGGAUCGUACCAAAAUUUCUCUUUUUGCCAAAACAUUAAAUACCAGUAAAGAUUCUUAGCCUAUUCCAAUUAAGGCAUGUUUGCCAUAGCUUAAGAAAGUGCCAAAUGGAAGUCAAAGUUCUAGGAGAAUUAGAAUGUUGACAUUGCAGUCAAACUUUGUAUUGCCUCACAAAACUUUCCUCCUUCGAAGUGCUUUAGUUACUGUGUUUCUGCUUGUGUUUUUCCCCUAAGAAGCCAAGUCAGAAGUGAAGUGGAAGCUGUUUGCUUCUUUGCAUCUCCACCAUAUUAUUAAUCUGUAGUAUGAACAACCACCUUUGGCACGUCCCUAAGAAUUAUGUGUGAAACAACUUUGUGGCACCAAGUCAGACUAUUCAUGACUUUGACUGAUAGUUCUUGUCCUCAGUUACAGUUGGUUGUAUAUAUUUGUUGUUAUUCCCAGUUCUCCCUCCAUUUCCCAAAUCAGACUUCUAAAUUAUGCUUUCUUUUUGCUCUUUGAGGUGACCAGUGGCACUUUUUACAUGGGAGAGAUGCACAGAAAAUUGGAAUUUUUUCAUACAACCAAUUGUGUCCACAGAGUUACUUUGGAAAUAGCUAGUGUUAUUUAUUUAUUUAUUAGUUAUUUCAGAUUUCACCCGUCACAAAUGCAUCAGUUACCCUUCUAAAAACACUAAGUCUUUCUGUGUCAGAACACAUGAUCUGAACAGGGGGUUUUAUGGAUAGACAAAAUAGCCACAGGAGAUCUUAAGGCAAAAUUGAGAUCUCAGCAUGUUACUCAUUGUUCUGAAAUUGCUAUUCAGUUUGUUGCAUAUAACAUAACAAAACUUGUGACAUAAAGGGCAAAUGAGAGUUGAGUUCAGUUUUCUUAACAUUUGUUCUUCUGCUAUCACUGAAAUAUUUUAUCUUUAUAUAGAAACAACUUGUGCUUUGUACAGCUCUAGUGGGAGAGCAGUUUCAGUUUACUGAGUAUUCCCAAUACCUUUGCAGAGUUUCCCCUGUCUGGUUGUAACUCUAAAACUUUGGUGCUCUUCCUUUGCCUUGGCAUCUGACCCCAUUUAACCUACCAGUUACUGCCUUAAACCAGGAAUGCCUUGCUUGUUGUUGACCAUGUGUUUAAACUGGGGCCCUCCCCUACUGUAAUGUGCUCAAUAAAGUGUUUAUGGAUAUAA